AUGGGAGAUCCUCAAAUCAUUACUCAGAAGGAGCUUAACUCAGAGAAGGAGCCCUCUCUCCUAUUUCCCAAUCAGACUCAAAAUAGGGAUGGAGAAGAGGCUACUAAAAAGAUUGAAGAAACUCUUCAAGAUACCCCACAGAAUCAGACGAUCCCUUUUCCUCAGAAGCUUAUAGCAUCCCAGAAAGAUGAAGAGUUCAAUCAAUUCCUGAAGAAGAUCAAAGAAAUCUGCAUAGAAGUAUCACUGAUAGAUGCACUACACCAAAUGCCGAAGUUCGUAAAAUUUUUAAAGGGAAUUUUAUCUAACAGGAGGCAAAAAGGUGACUUUGAGACCGUGGCAUUGACAAAGAAUUGUAGCGCUCUCCUUAUGGCAAAUUCUCCACCAAAGCUUCAGGAUCCAGGAAGCUUCUCCAUACCGUGUAAAAUUGGUUCUGAACUCAUACCGAGAGCUUUCUGUGACUUGGGGGCUAGCGUCAACCUACUUCCGUACUAUUUAUGCAAGAAGCUGGGCCUCUAG